GACACAUUCCAAAAUAAAAUAACAUGAAGAAAAUUAGGACAACCCCCCUUCAAGGCCAAUUAUUCCCAGUAUAAAUAUCACUCGAGUACACUAGCAUCAAUCACCACCAACAAGUCACAAAAAAAGCAAUAUUCUAGUUUUUUUUUUUAAAAAAAAAAAUGGUUCAAGAGGAAGUAAGAAAAGGUCCAUGGACAGAACAAGAAGAUCUUCAGCUAGUAUUUUAUGUGAAGAUGUUUGGAGAUCGUCGCUGGGAUUUUCUGGCGAAAGUUUCAGGUUUGAGGUUGGUUGGAGGGAGAGAAAAAAUAAACUAGGUUUGAAAAGAAGUGGAAAGAGUUGCAGAUUACGAUGGGUUAAUUACUUGAAUCCUGGUCUCAAACGAGGCAAAAUGACUCCUCAUGAAGAACAACUUGUUCUUCAACUCCACUCCAAAUAUGGAAAUAGAUGGUCAAAAAUUGCGGGGAAAUUACCGGGAAGAACUGAUAAUGAAAUCAAGAAUUACUGGAGAACCCACAUGAGGAAGCUAGCACAAGAUGAAAAGAAGAACAAUAAGGCUUCAAUUUCUCCAUCUUCAUCCAACUUCUCCAAUUGUUCAUCUUCCUCUGCCAACAGUCCUGCUGUGGACUCCAGUACAGAACAAAACGAGUUGUUGCAAGUUGUUGAAGCAAAUAAAACAUAUGAAGAGGAUCAGAACAUGAUGGUAUACUCCAUGGAUGAAAUUUGGAAAGAAGUUGAAUCAUCACAAGAAAUUGAAACAAGGAAUGAUUUACCAGUUAUGGCAUCUAACACCUGGGAUUAUUGUCCAGAUUCGCUAUGGAUGACUCAUGAUCAUUAUUACUAUGACAAUACUCAAGAUUUCUCAUUUUUUACUGGCUAAUUAUUUGGAGGAACAACCACCACAACAUAUCCAGUGUAAUUCUAGGUGCGAGACCCGAGGAGAGUAGAGUGUAUGCAGACCUUACCCCUAUCUCUCGUGGAUGAAAUUAAAAUAUUUGUUUCUUGUAGAGUUGGUGUAGGUUUGUGAGAUAAGUAUUAUUUAGUGAUGAUAAUUCUUGUAUAUAGGCAACAGUAAAGAUCUAAAAGUCCCAUGGUCAGAAGGCGCUCUACUAUGUUCUGUUUAAGUAGUAACCAGUGUUUCUGAGGCUUAAUUAGUUGUAUUAGUAGAGUAUUAUAAGUCUUUCUGCAGUGUGGCUACUCAACAUGUCAUAAUAUAUGAACAUCUUUUAAGUUCCUAUAA